UUGGCCCGGACGUGGGGGCUGCGGGCUGGUGCCGCGCCGCGGGCUGGUCGGGCUGUGGACUUGGGGCGGGCUGCGGCCCCGUGGGCUCCUCAGCGAACCUCCCGCAGACGGAGGGGCGGAGGCCGAGACUGUCAGCGGUUGGUCCCCGCUCGCGGGUUGGAGGUCAGGGGUGCGGGCCUAGGGCCGGGCCAGCGCCUGCUGCGGGGCGCGGAGGGAGGCUUGGAGGAGGGGGCCCUCGGAGCGGCAGUCCCGGGCGCGCAGCCCCUGCGCGGGCGGAGGAGCCGGCCCGCACCGCGCCCCCGCCGCUCGAUGGCUCUCCUCGCCGACUCUAUGCGAGACUGUUAGUCCCCAAGUUUCAGAUUUCAUUUCUAGAAUCUCUUUCUAGCUACUUGGACAGGGAGAGGGAUGCUUCGUAGCUCUGGCAAUAGAUGGAAAUAGAAGCGGGGGAGUAAGGAACGCACGGUGACCUCCGAGAAAAAGGGCGAAUCUCUGAGGUCGUGAAUCUGUGAGGUCGACAGGUGUUUUUCUCCCUCGCCUCGCGUGUGCAAGACAUCAAGCAGUGUGAAAAUAACAGCGUGUUGGUCUCGUACUUCUUCUGAGCACGUGUCCUGAGUAUCCGGUGUCUUAGUGAAGAAACCGUGGAAUGCAUAAAUAGUGAACGAGAUUGUUGUACACAGGUUGUGCUUUUACUCGUGUAUGGAAGCAGAACAGUCCUUACUGCUCAUCACGAGGAUCCCAGCCUAUGGAUAAACGUGUACCGUCUUUAAAAGUGCUCUUAUUCUGCCUCCCUCCUCCCAGCUCACCUUAAAGACACUCCUAUUUUGUACUGAUGCUAUUUGGAAGAUGAGGCAGAAGGAGCUGUUAACCAAGACCUUCCAAGGCCCGGCCGCUGUCUGUAGGACUCCACGCAGUCACGUGUACGUGUUCAAAAAUGGCAGUGGGGACUCAGAGGACUCCUCUGAGGAAGAGACCCGGCAGCAGCAGGUGGUUCUACGCCCCCGGGGCCGGGAGCUCCAGAACAGCGUUCACCAGGCGCACCGGCCCAGAGCAGGGGACGUGGUGCUGCUGCAGCGGGAGGUGGCCCAGGAAGACAACCUCAACAAGCUGGCUCUGCAGUAUGGCUGCAAAGUCGCAGAUAUUAAGAAGGUUAACAACUUCAUCAGAGAACAAGACUUAUAUGCUUUGAAAUCGAUUAAAAUUCCCGUGAAAAGCCAUGGGAUCCUCACAGAGACCCACAAGGAACUGAAGCCCCUUCCAGGCCCACCCUCAGAGACCAGAGUGACCUUUGUGGAGCCGCCCAGUGCCCAGAGCGCGGCUGCAGGUGCGGAUGCCCAGGCCAGCCAGUUGACAGACUUCUUCAAGGGCAUUGACCAGAACAUUGAGCGUGCAGUGCACUCGGAGAUCUUCCUGGGUGACAGCUGCUGUGCAGACGCUGCCGAUCAGCCACUGCUCCCCGCAGCCCCGAGGACAUCUACAGAUGGUGCAGACUGCGGCAUUCAGUGGUGGAAUGCUGUCUUCAUCAUGCUUCUAAUUGGGAUUGUGCUGCCGCUAUUUUAUUUGGUCUAUUUUAAAAUCCAGGCUACUGGGGAGACCCCUAAUAGCUUGAAUACAACUGCCAUCCCCUAUGGCUCAGUGGUGGCAUCGAGUGUUGGUCCAGGACAGUCCCCCAGGUUAGUGCUUCCAGUGUCAACUCUGACCUCAGCAGCCACCCAGCUCAGCCCGACCACCCCAGCAGGCAACUAGGCUGUAGCUCCUGGAGAAGCAAGCAGCCCUGCCUCAGCAGCCGGUGCGUGCUGUCCACUGCCUGGCCCUGGCUGUGUCCUCGGGUGCUACGCUUUGUUUCCUGGGAUGUGUGGAUGCGGCUGCAGGUCACAGCGCUCUGGAUUGCACCAGCCCUGAGGUCUGCUCGCUUGUUCUUAGGCUGCGGGCUCCACAUACCACUGUCCUCAGCUGCCUCCACAUCCAAGGUGCCGCCAGAUAGACAAUUACCUGUGACCCACACUUCCUGAAGCCACUCGGUGGACUGGCUGGCUGGGCCCCAAAGCUGCUUGUGCUGAGGGAGAGGAAUGGCCUCCAGCAAAGGAGCAGCAGUGUGGGCGUCCCGGGGUCAGGGCUGGUUGGUCAUUGGCCUGUUAGUGUCCCCGCCCACCAUGGAGGCACUUGGCUUGGCUCGGGGAAGUGUCAUCGCCCCAGGAAAGGUGCUAUGGAGUAGUAGUUUAUGUCCCCCUGAUUUCCAGAGGAAUAUGAUUGUAAGGAGGCCUGCUUCCUCUUUGCCCGCCUGUUAGCUUUGCUCAAGCAGAGCCACUUGCCAGAUCCAAGAGGGCCCAUUCACGGUGCUUCCCUGCUGGGUAGACGGCAGUUCUGUUCCCGGGUUUCCUGUCUAUGUAGCCUGCUGCACAGGUACAUCUCACUUCCCAUGAGAAAUGCCCCACACUGGGGGCUCCUGGGUCGUCCCAGCCUCUUUUUUUUAUGUGUGUGUGUAUUUGGUAUGGGGCUCUCACUAUACAGCUUGGACUCAUAGCGAACCUCCAGUUUUCAGUCUCGCCAGCAGAUUACAGGCGUGUGCCACCACAGGGCCUGUGCAGUACAUGGUGCUCGGGAUUGAAUCCUGGUCCCUGCACUUGGCUUAAGCAGGCUAUUAGUCCGCUGAACUAUUCCUAGCCUCUUAAGGAAGGGCACUCUUGCUGGCUCAAGCAUGGCAGGAAGAACGUGCACAGUCGCCAAGGUGCAGAGCAGUUGCCUUGCUGGCAUCGCCCAGAGCAGCAGCCCCAGCACCCCAGGAAACCCCGUGUGCUUCCUGCCACUUCCACAGGAGGGGCCUUUUGGGUGGUGGUGAACCUACAGCAUACAUAUUACUUGUUUUUAAGACCAAAGAUGUUAAAUGGUUGAGUUGGUUGGGUUUUCUAAACCAAAACAUCAGUAUUCAGAUCGGAUUGAGGUGGUGGCACUCUGCAGCACCUAAGUGGGUUUGGGCUUGCUAUUUGGGCCACUUGGUCUCUAAAAGGCUUGCCCUAACUGCCAUAGGGGAGUCCCCUGUUUAUGGUGUAGCCCAUAAGACCAGACACUUCGUGUCUUCGAGGGGCAUAGUAUUUGCUUUCUGAGACUGUAAAUACAGUCUAAGACAGUAACUUAGGAGAAAGGGUUUAUUUCUGCUCAUGGCUUCAGAGGGUUUCAUCCUAUCAGUUGGCCUAUUGAUUUUAGAUCUGUGGCUAAGUGGCACAUCAUGGCAGGGAGUGUGUAGUGGAGCUGACCUCUUCACAUGGGAUGGCUGUGAGGUCAUCAUGUGAUGUCAUCUCAUGUGUUGACUUGAAAUGAGAAGGCCUGGGGUCCCAAGGUCCCCUUCACAGGCACUGCUCCAGCAACCUAACUUCCUCUCAUUAGGCCCCACCUCACCUCAAAAUAAUGCCAAAUUGAGGACCACACCUUUAAGUCUUAGGCCUUUGGGACACUUACCCAACUCAUAGUAUAGUGGCUGAGGCUGACCAUGGUGAGAUGGAGCCAGCUGUUUGCCUGUCCUCACCUCUCUGGCAAGACACCAGCCUGUGCACGGGUGGGGUGAGGCAAGGCAGGGAAGCAGUGGAGGGGCUCACUGCUCUGCCCACCAGACCUGUGGAAAACACCCAGAAACGCUGCCCUCGAGGCGCUGGUAUGGCACUCGAUACCUGAGGCCCAGAGAUAAAUGUAAAAGAUCCCACCUUGGGAGAGGAAAGGAGGGUAGCAGAAGAGUCCUCCAGACAGGUUUCUAGUUUCUUUCUCUCAGUUUGUGUGAAACAACUGGCCUAGAGUUCAAUUUAGUGCAUUUAAAUCAUCUUCACAAAUGUUUUCUUGAGGGACCAGGAUGACCUUCAGGACAAAACAAAAUCAUCAGCCCGGAUACAGGAAACAUUUUGAUCAUGUAAAUGUUUUUCCAGCUAAGUGUCUCUCUGCUCACAGUGUUGAUGGGGCCUCCUGAUUUCCCUAUUAUUUGUGGCCUUUAGUUUUACCAGGGAGAGUCCCGAGUCCCUUGGGAAAAUCACUUUUGCCAGGCAAAGAAUAUAAAUCUGUAUCUUUUACUUUUCUCAAGUGGAAUAAAAUGAUUUCUUCUGUGAAGGAAAAAUAAUUCCUGUUUUUUUAAACCAGGUGAUGAUUGAGCAUGAGGAGGUGAGGGGCGGUGGCGAUGAAGGCGGGCGUGUGUGUCCAGGGUGAGCCGUGCCCCCAGCUCUGCUGGACCCGGCGGCCAGGGCUUGUGCUGUACCCAGCUUCCAUGGGCAGAAGAGGGACCACCACCCUCUCAAGUUCUGGAGCUGUUCCGUGAGCUACACGUGGGAAAUAGUUCGUUUUCUGCAUAAUUUGGCAUCAUUGGGUAAUGUUUCCAAGGAAUAACACGUCUUUUUGGUGGAAAGUGCUUAGUUGAAGCCUAAGGAUGCCACAGUGACGGCCUGCGCUCCCAGUUUGUUCCGGGAGCCAAGGCUGUGAGCGUCUGUGUACCAGGUCCUGGCCUGAAGAUGGUGAGUUUGAGAGAGGAGCCCCCUUGGGGCUGGAGGGGCAGGUGGCUGACUCAGCAGCAGGAAAGGCCCAGGAGUCAUGAAGUGCUCUCCUUGGGCAGCCUGGGCCGUAGCGCUAGGAGCAAAAGCUACAGUAACAUGACCCACGGGGCUGUAAGUACCCUCACACAUCCUCAGAAGUGGGCUCUUAACUCCCCCCACUUCACAGACAAA